UGUCAUAUUUUCCGAGAUAUGCCAUGGCUGUGUCAAAAAUACUAAUAUUUAAUUUAUUUAGAGUGAUGUUCCUCAAGAACCGGCCCCUGUUCUCAAAACAGAAGAAGUUACACCCCCUCCAGAAAGUAAAGAAGAAAAGAAAGGUACCGAAGUAGAAGGGUCGGGAAAUAAUUUUUCUAUGGCAUUAACUCGGGACCAACACGAACAAUACGGAACCCAAUUUCAAGGCGAUGAUGUUCCAACGAUACCAACGAUCGGAGUCCCCAGCUUAGAAAUAAGCGACGAGACGGGCGCCACCGUCGAACCGCCCGCCGAUAGAACGGAGGGAGGGGACGAUUUCGGACUGGGCGUGGCUCAGAUCGUCAUCACCGCUGCCACGCCCAUGAUGGAGGAGCCGGAGCAUCCGUUUCCGCCUCCCGAGGACGAGGCCUCGCCGGUCGUCAACCACCAGAACGACGUCAUCGUCGAGGAAGACGAAGAGGCGUACGAGGAGGAGGAGGAGGAGGAGUUGGCGGGGAGGAACCAGGGUUACCAGGGCGCGGUAAACACGAAAUGCAACGGCGAGAAACGGUGCGAACGGAGCAAAAGUGAUAACGUAGACUCGGAACCUAUCGUGGAAGAACCUAGCGAGGUAUCUAAAAAGGAAGACAUUGUUACGAAUAGAGACUUUGAUGUAGAGGUAGAAGAAAUAGAGGAACCGGAACCGACUGCGGAUUCUGGUUCUGGCCAGUUUAUUGUUAGUAGUAGUACAGGUAGUGAUGGCGAAACCACUGGUCCCAGCACUGCAGAAAAUUCUGUAAGCCACGCCCCUCCGCCAUCUUCCGCCGACCAGGACACGCCCAAGCAGGUGGUGGGGGGUCGCGCUAGUAUUCCCGAUGAACUGGAACCGCACCAGCUUGCACGACUACAGGACCUCAAAGAGUCAAAUGCCUAAGAAU